AUGACCGUGCCUCCUGAUAAAGAGACAAAGAAGAAGAAAAGAGACACAAAAAGACAAAGUCACAUGGACACACAGAACAGCACAGCCGAUGAGGAUGAAGAUGGCUGGCAUGCCAUAAUCGGGCUGCGGACGGGAAAUAGCACUGAAGAGGACAAUCAUCUGAGAAUCGAAGCACCUGAGUUCCACCCAGACAAUGACAUGACUCAGGAGGGUGAGGAGCACGACACAGACGACGACACAAUGGCACAUGUGGCACCAGAAGCCGAGGCGCCAGAGGACCGGGCUGAGAAAGUCGACGGUCAGGAUGAUGUGUUGUCUGAGUCCAGCUCCAGUGACCAAGAGAAUCCGGUUGACACCCCAGCUAAACAGAAUAAUGAGGAUCUUGUCACCGUUGUAGAGCAGGGGGCCAUUCGUCGCAGGAAUGGCCCCCUGCUCUACAACGGUGACAAGAUAUUCAUUUUUCCGGACCUGCCGUCUUCAGUAGCGAAGAGGAGGGGGUCUUUCAAGGACGAGAAAGAGAUGCUCUGCGGAUGUCAAGACGUGAGAUACGGCAUGCUGUACCCAGCGAAGCUGAGGAUCUCCUCGCCUUUGGGGGAAAAGAUCUUCACCGAUCCAGACGCUACUAAGGUCUACACUGUGAGUCAUCUUCUGAAGAAUGAGAGACGAAAUGAUAGCUGA